AUGCGCUCUGCAGAAGGAUUGAGGAUCCAAAAGAGUCUCUCCCGAAUUGAUGGCACGAUACACCCACGCUUUCUCACGACCACAGCUCGCCCGUACGAGACGGCAACGGUGACCAAAUUGGUCGAACCGCCGAAAACGACAUUUCCUCCACUCGCAGUGCUGUCACGCAAAGCUCUGCUGCGAUCCCUGUUGAUCAGCUUCAUAUGCUCGAAGCCUUAUCUUCUCACGCCAAGCAUCUCGUUCUUGACACUCCUCACAAACUCGAAGUCACCCUUUCUCAACGUCGAACGCAACAAGACACUCGGCUGGAUUCUCAAGAAGACGCUCUAUAAUCAAUUCUGCACGGGCGAAGAUGGUGCAGAAGUCCGCCAGACACUGCGCGAGAUGAGAGGUCUGGGCUUCCGAGGGACCAUCUUGACCUAUGCCAAGGAAAUCGUUUUUGAUGAUAACAAGAAGACAGAGCACGGAGCGGGGGCGCAGACUGGAACGCAAUCUGAAAUAUGCAAGGGCAUAGAGUUCUGGCGAAAAGGAACGCUAGAAACAUUGGACAUGCUUGGCGAGGGGGACCAGCUGGCGAUCAAGCUGACUGGGGCCGGACCACGUGUGACCGAAGCCUUCACUCAGAACAAGCCGCUGCCCCCGCAGAUGCUCGACGCCCUGACCAAACUGUGCCAGAAAUGCAAGUCCAAGGGCGUGCAAAUCAUGAUUGACGCUGAGUCUCAGCGGUUCCAAGGCGGCAUUGCAGCUACGGCUCUCGACAUGAUGCGGUUGUUCAACACAGACGGGUAUGCGGUCAUUUAUAACACUUACCAAGCCUAUCUCAAAAGCACGCCCAACGUCGUCGAAUCCCAUCUCGCAGCCGCACAAGAGGAAGGCUUCACCUUGGGUCUGAAACUGGUCAGGGGUGCUUACAUGGCGACCGAGCCGAGGUCCGUCAUCCACGACACCAAGGACGACACCGACCAUGCGUACAAUUCGAUUGCUCUGGGUGCUAUCUCCAAGAAGUUCGGAGCGUACGGCACCACCAAGCCCUUUCCUUCCCUGAACCUGCUUCUGGCGGGACACAACGUGCAAUCUGUUACCAUGGCGCACGAACUGCAUGCGUCGCGUCUGACAACGGGCCAACCUACCGUUCCCGUGGCUUUUGCACAGCUGCAUGGCAUGGCGGAUCGGCCGGCAUACAGGCCAGGAUCUCCUGAAAGAGCAGCUGUUGAGAACGCCUUGAAGCGCCUCAGGUCCCAGCUCCCGUUGCGCAGCUCCAUCAUCUACAACAACACCACUCAGAAGAUCCAUGCCUCCGAAGCCCAGGUUAUGCCAUCUGAGCACGCCUCUGUCCUCACACACUACCCUCUCAGCACCAAGCAACAAGUUGACGAGGCCAUUGAUGCAGCCCUCGCUGCUAAGCAGUCAUGGCAAGAUACCCCCUUUGUCGACCGUGCCGCCAUCUUCCUGCGCGCCGCUGAGCUUGUCACCGGCAAGUAUCGCCACGACAUAAUUGCAGCGACGAUGCUAGGACAAGGCAAAAACAUCUGGCAGGCGGAGAUUGAUGCCGCCGCCGAGUUGGCUGAUUUCUUCCGGCUGCACACCAACUACGCCGCCGAGCUGCUGUCGAGGCAGCCCACAAGGGGCGCUGACGGGGUGUGGUCGCGCAUGGACCAUCGACCCCUCGAGGGCUUCGUCUACGCCGUCUCACCCUUCAACUUCACAGCACUGGGUGGUAGCCUUAUUAGUGGCCCUGUUCUGAUGGGCAACGUGGUUCUGUGGAAGCCUUCUCAGUACAACAUCUACCCCAGCACGAUGAUCUAUAAUAUCCUCAUCGAAGCAGGUCUUCCCCCCAACGUGGUUCAAUUCAUCCCCGGAGACGCCGCCGAAAUCACAGAGCAGGUGCUCCAGCACCGUGACUUUGCGGGUCUGAAUUUUAUCGGAUCAAGUGACGUUUUCAGAAGUAUCUACAGCAAGAUUGGCCAGGGUAUUGGCGAGAAACGCUACCGCGAGUUUCCUCGUGUCGUUGGUGAGACCAGUGGCAAGAACUUCCAACUUCUACACCCCACGGCCGACGUGUCCAGCGCAGUGAACCACACGAUCCGUGGUGCGUUUGAGUAUCAGGGACAAAAGUGUUCUGCAACCUCACGUGUUUACAUUCCUGCGAGCUUGGAAAAGGAGUACAUCUCCAGCCUCAAGAGCAAGGUCAAACAGAUCACCUUGGGCAGUCCAGACAAGGACCUCUCCGCUUUCAUGGGGCCUGUCAUUCACAAAAACUCCUUUGAGAAAAUCAAGAACAUUAUUGACGCAUCCAACAAGGAUCCGUCAUUGAAACUGAUCGCUGGUGGGACGUACGACGGAUCUGUUGGGUACUAUAUCCAUACCACAGUGUAUCAGGCUGAAUCGCCGGACCAUGAGCUGUUCAACAAGGAAAUAUUUGGCCCUGUGCUGGCGAUCUACGUGUAUCCUGAUCGCGAGUACUCCGCUGUGCUGAAGAAGAUCGAUCAAGCAGGUGGUGGCUUGGCUUUGACCGGUGCAGUUUUCGCAAACUCACGCACAGCGAUUCGCGAAGCUGAAGAUGCUCUGCGAUAUUCAGCCGGCAAUUUCUACAUCAACUGCAAAACCACGGCUGCUGUCAUCGGACAGCAGUCCUUUGGAGGUGCUCGCGGGAGCGGUACAAACGACAAAGCAGGCAGCUCAGAUGUUCUAAGGAGAUUCACGAGUCCAAGAUUGAUCAAGGAGGAGUUUUUCCCCGCAACAGGUUUCACGUAUCCGAGCAACAUGUAG